UAAUAUAUCCGAUUUUUCGCUUAUCCUUUUCAACUCAAAUCUGAACCGUCUAUUUUUUUGACGUGGACGCAUCGACGCUCUGUGUUCAAACGCAGCGUAUUGCUCUCUUCUUCAACCUCUAGACUAACGGGAAAUGAAAAAUCAUUGCAAAUCAAAAUCUAUGAACGCUCUCUCAACGCCAUGGAACACUCAGCUCAGAGAAUUAGCAAAACGAUGCCAAUUUCUUCAAGCUCUAAGUCUCUAUCCCCAAAUGCUUCGCCAUGGUGAUCGCCCCAAUGCUUUCACUUUCCCGUUUGCUCUCAAAUCCUGCGCGGCCCUCUCACUCCCCAUACUCGGCAGUCAAUUCCAUGGUCAAAUUACCAAAGUUGGGUGUGUUUUUGAACCUUUUGUGCAAACUGGUUUGAUUUCUAUGUAUUGUAAAGGAUCUUUGGUCGACAAUGCCCGUAAAGUGUUCGAGGAAAAUUUCCACUCCAGAAAGCUUACUGUUUGCUACAAUGCUUUGGUUUCCGGCUAUGUUUCGAAUUCAAAAUGUUCUGAAGCGGUUCUUUUGUUUCGCCAAAUGAAUGAGGAGGGUGUCCCUGUUAAUUCAGUUACUUUGCUGGGUUUGAUUCCAGCUUGUGUAUCUCCGAUUAAUUUGGAGCUUGGAUCGUCUCUACAUUGCUCCACAUUGAAAUAUGGAUUCGAUUCAGAUGUCUCUGUUGUUAAUUGCUUCAUUACUAUGUACAUGAAAUGUGGCUCGGUUAAUUACGCACAGAAGCUGUUUGAUGAAAUGCCUGUGAAGGGUUUGAUUUCUUGGAACGCUAUGGUUUCUGGGUACGCACAAAAUGGGUUGGCAACUAAUGUUUUGGAGCUCUACCGUAACAUGGAUAUGAAUGGGGUUCACCCAGAUCCUGUAACUCUUGUUGGGGUUUUAUCAUCUUGCGCGAACCUUGGAGCUCAGAGCGUUGGCCAUGAGGUGGAAUUUAAGAUCCAAGCUAGUGGGUUUACCAGUAAUCCAUUUCUGAAUAAUGCUUUGAUCAAUAUGUACGCAAGGUGUGGCAAUUUGACAAAAGCACAAGCCGUGUUUGACGGAAUGCCUGAGAGAACAUUAGUUUCCUGGACAGCAAUUAUAGGUGGCUAUGGAAUGCAUGGACAUGGAGAAAUUGCAGUGCAGCUUUUCAAAGAGAUGAUAAGGAGUGGCAUUGAACCUGAUGGAACUGCAUUUGUGUGUGUCUUGUCUGCCUGUAGCCAUGCAGGACUCACUGAUCAGGGCUUGGAAUACUUCAAAAUGAUGAAGAGAAACUAUCAAUUGGAACCGGGUCCCGAACAUUAUUCAUGUAUGGUGGAUCUUCUGGGGCGAGCAGGGCGGCUUAAAGAAGCUCAAACUCUAAUUGAAUCCAUGCCAAUAAAGCCUGAUGGUGCCGUCUGGGGAGCUCUUCUAGGUGCUUGUAAGAUCCACAAGAAUGUUGAGUUAGCAGAGUUGGCUUUUGAACGUGUGAUCGAACUUGAACCAGAAAAUAUAGGAUACUAUGUUUUAUUAUCAAACAUUUACUCUAACGCCAAUAAUUCAAAAGGGGUUUUGAGGAUUCGGAUUAUGAUGAAGGAGAAGAAGCUGAAGAAGGAUCCUGGAUGUAGCUAUGUUGAAUUGAAAGGCAGAGUUCAUCCAUUUAUAGUCGGGGAUAGAAACCAUCUUCAGUCUGAUGAGAUAUAUAGGGUUUUGGAAGAGUUGGAAGCGAUAAUAAUGCAGGAAUUUGGAAAGCCUGAGAAAGAUAAUAGAGAAGAAAGCAACAAAGAUGGUUUUACUCGUGUUGGAGUUCAUAGUGAAAAAUUGGCUGUUGCUUUUGGCCUCCUGAAUACUACGACUGGGGCUGAAGUUGUUAUAAUAAAGAAUCUUAGGAUAUGUGAAGAUUGUCACUUGUUUUUCAAGAUGGUUAGUAAAAUUGUCCAUCGUCAAUUAACUGUUAGAGAUGCUACUCGGUUCCAUCAUUUUAGAAAUGGGAGCUGUUCUUGUAAAGAUUAUUGGUAGAAUCAUGGACUUGUUUAGUUUCAGUUAGACUUCAAAUUAAGUGUCUCUUAGCCCUUGAACUUAGAACUUUACUGAAUAUGUGAUGGUUUCAGAAGUGGGCUAAUAACAUGAAAGGAGCCACAGAUGUAUACAAAUUAAAAUUUAUGGAUUAACACCCAUAAUUUCCUUUCAUGCUAA